GGGCAGAGCCGAUUUUAGGCAGCGGCGGGGCCGUGCCGUGCCGUGUCGGGAUGUCGUGGGGGGCCGCGGUGCUGGCGCUGGCCGCGCUGCUCUGCGCAUCCCCGCCGCCGGGUCCACAGGGGGUGGCGGCAGCAGCGGCGGCGGUGUGGACGGCCUGGCUGAACGUGUCGUGGGAGGACGGCUCGGACCGCAACCGGAGCGGCUGGGAAGCGAGCGAGAGCGGCCUGUACGGGCAGGACUCGCCGCUGCAGGCGGCCGCGGGGGUGCUGGUUCUGCCCGACGGCCGCGACUCCUUCAAUGCCUGCAGCGCCGGCACCAACUUCAGCGGGGCCCCCCCGUCCUCCGGGGGCAGCGGCAGCUCCCCGGGCUGGGUCGCCCUCAUCCAGCGCGGCGGCGGCUGCUCCUUCGCAGACAAGAUCCGCCUGGCAGCCGAGCGCGGCGCCAACGCCGCCGUCAUCUACAACUACCGAGGCACCGGCAACGAGGUGCUGCCCAUGUCCCACCACGGUGCUGAGAGCAUCGUUGCAAUUAUGAUUGGCAACCUGAAAGGCAUGGAGAUCUUACACCGGAUUGAGAGUGGCAUGAAAGUGACCAUGGUUAUUGAAGUGGGGAAAAAGCACGGUCCUUGGAUGAAUCAGUACUCCAUCUUCUUCAUCUCUGUGUCCUUUUUCAUUGUCACUGCAGCAGCCAUGGGAUACUUUAUUUUUUAUUCUGCUCGGAGACUCAGAAUUGCAAGGGCCCAGUCCAGGAACCAGAGACAGCUGAAGGCCAGGGCUAUGAAGGCCAUCGAGCAGUUAGAGCUGCGCACCCUGAAGCAAGGGGACAAGGAAACUGGUCCUGAUGGAGAUACUUGUGUUGUGUGCAUUGAGCUGUACAAGCCCAACGAAGUAGUACGUAUCCUCACUUGCAACCAUCUCUUCCACAAGAACUGUAUUGACCCCUGGCUUCUGGAACAUAGGACAUGCCCAAUGUGCAAAUGUGACAUCCUCAAAGUUUUGGGCAUUGAGGUGGAUGUAGAAGAAGGGGCUGAGUCUGUGCAAGCAACAGUAUCCAGAUCCAGUGGGAUAUCAAAUGUUCCUGCAGUUCAUGAAGAGGAUAAUCGGAGUGAAACAGCAUCAUCUGGAUAUGCUUCUGUACAAGGAGCAGAUGAAUCUGUUCUGGAGGAACAUGCACCAUCAGAAAAUGACAACAUGCACCUUGUAAACAAUGAAUCCCAGCCCUCUGCUGUUAAUGUCCUUCCACAUGCUGACAACCCAAGUUUUGAGGCAGAUGAAACACAAGUUGGUGAAGUCAAAUCCUAAGAAUAUGCCCAGCAACAUGGUGUAAGCCUUCUGCAUGGAGCUGUUUCUUGCCAUCCUGUGUAUACCAAACCCUGCAAGACUGUAGCAGGAAAAUACUGCCUUGGCAAUGUUGAGAUCAAAUAGACUUGUUCAAAUCAUAAUUGUAUGGUUUGCCAUUCUUAAAACUGCACCUCCCAUGUGGAAUUUAGUUUUAGCAUUCUUCAGAUAAAGCUGUCUUAAAUAUAAAGGAAACCAUCAGAUUUUAACACUAGAAGUUCCAUCUUCUGCAAAGCUUCUCUUCAGUGUUUGAGUUAUUUAAAUAAGGAGAAGAUUCUUGUAGCUGUCUGCUGGGAAUUUGUUGUGACUUGGGUUUUUUUGUUGUUUGGUGUUUUAAUUCAAGUGGAUUUUCAUUGUAAACAAAUUUGAUUUUGAUCUGGUCUAAUACUUAUUUACCAGACACAGUUUAGUUUAAAGCAACACUAUUUAACAUUUCCAUCUGCUAAUUUGAUAGGAGAAAGUACAAACUAAUGCCUGUCAAACUGAUUUUUGCCCACAGUAUCUUUGGUUCUCUGUUAAACCCAUUGAUUCUCUACCUCUCAACUCCAACCUGCCAACCACACAUUCCUAAAGGGAAGAAAAAGAGAACUUCAAGCUGACAGGCCAAAUCUGACUUGCACAAUACUGUAAAGGGAACGAUUGCAGGGACUUUUAAAACCUGUUAAUAUUAGACAGUCUGAAAGAUCCUCCGUGAUUUUUGGAGGUAUAUCCAUCUCUUGCACCAGCAAUAUGCCAGAGUCCUGGCUUUGUGAGAGUCUGGGAUGACUUCAGAAAGACUAAGGAUGAAAAGACAGAUUCUUCCUGAAGGAUCUGAUGAGUUUUUGUUAAGAAAAUGAUUCAGCUUCUGAAAAUGUUGGACUAUUGCUGUGCUUUGUCUUGCCUGUGUGUAAAGGCUGCAGGGGGAAAGCUGCCACCCUAUAAACAUAAGUGAGGAUUUGGAGAAGUUGUCUGCCAUCUGUGGGGAGUUGAACUGGGAUCAAGGAAGAACACUGGAUGCCUCAAUAGGGAGUGUAGGGCCUUGCCCAGUGAAGGUAACUAAGGACAUCUUACAGAUGCACUUUGUUUUUUAUCUCUGUAUCUAUAGCUUGUUUCUAAUGUUAGCAAAACUUUGUCUUAAAGCCUACAAUAAAGUACUAUUGAAUCUGGA